AUGCCUGCGUCAGGAGAGAAUGGGCACCAUCGUGCCUCCUCUACGUCAAGGAAUGGCCAUGCGCCGCUCUAUCGGCUCGACUCGAAUCAGAGCUCAACGAGCAUCUUCGAGGAGGUGGAGAUGGCCCAUGACGAGCUUUUCUCUGGUCCUGUGGCCGAAAGCCUUCCUACCAGCGUUUCAGCUUUCUCCCAUCGACGGCCUCGUGCUGACUCUACAACGAGUUUUGCAUACUAUCACGAUGAACCCGAAGCCUCUCCUACUUCGUUCGAAGAUGAACGUCAAAGCCUGUCAGAUGAUGUGGGGGACUUUGCAUUUGGUGACGAUGACGAAAGCUACGCUGAUUACGAAAACGGCGAUACCAUCGAUGAUUACAUGUCCCAACGCAGGCGGUCGUCAACGCACUCGAGAUCGUCUGUUCACGCCCGUCUGUUGCGCCAAGACAGUGGCAUGACCAAUAAGAGCCUUGGUGGAGAUCGUUUGAGCCAGAAGGUUUACAUGGUGAAUGAAGACCUUACUAUUGCCAUUGCUGGCUUUCGGACGAGUCGACUUGGCUUCACUGCUUAUGUCGCACUUUGCCUAUGCACUGCUGGCAUCGCUUGGCUGCUACUCAGAUGGUUUCCUAGAUGGCAUGUGAAACUUUUGGGUCUGCCGUCUCCGCUAGCCGAGUGUGACUGGGUUGUUGUCGAGAACCAAUGGGGAGAAUUUGCCCUGAUGGACGUGGACAAAAAGCUCUACGGUAGACCCAUGUCUACCAUCUUUGGCUCCACUGGGAAGAGCUACGGGGUGGAUGAUGAUUACGAUCCAAUCAUCACCGAAUUGCGUAUGCUCAACUAUCGUUACGUUCGCUUGUACUUCAACCAGCAAAAGGACAAGUUUGUCAUAUUCAACGGCUGGGUUGAUCCGAAUUGGACCGAUCCUCGCGCCGUACGUGCCGGCAUAGACAGCGAUGAGAAGGGACUGCGAGCAGUUGUGUUUGGAAAUAAUCUGAUUGAUAUUGAGCAAAAGUCAACACCGCAGUUGCUCGUAGAUGAGGUUUUCCAUCCUUUCUACGUCUUCCAAAUCGCUAGUCUGAUUCUGUGGUCUCUUGAUGAAUAUUAUUACUACGCCGUGGCUAUCUUCCUUAUGUCGUUUGGAAGUAUCGCCACCACCCUCAUUGAAACCAAAGCGACGAUGAAACGACUCCGCGAGAUUUCUCGCUUCGAGUGCGAUGUGCGUGUCCUUCGAAAUGGAUUCUGGCGAUUUGUAUCCUCGAGCGAGCUCGUGCCUGGUGACGUUUACGAGGUCAGCGACCCAAAUCUCACUCAAUUUCCAAGUGAUGGCUUGCUUUUGAGCGGCGACUGCAUCGUUAACGAGAGCAUGCUGACAGGUGAAUCGGUCCCUGUGUCAAAAACACCAGCCACCGAUGAGACGAUGUACAGUCUUGAUUUGGCUGCACCGACUGUGUCGCCAGAAAUUGGCAAACACUUCCUCUUCUGUGGUACUAAGAUCAUUCGCGCCCGGCGGCCGCAGGAAGAGCGCGAUGGAGACGCUGUCGCCCUCGCACUCGUGGUCAGAACGGGAUUCAGCACCACGAAGGGAUCUCUUGUACGGUCCAUGCUUUUCCCCAAACCAUCCGGCUUCAAAUUCUAUAGAGACUCUUUCCGGUACAUCAGUGUCAUGGCGAUCGUAGCCAUGCUUGGUUUCAUCGCCUCUCUCUUCAACUUCCUGCGGCUUCACCUUGCCUGGCACCUCAUCAUCGUCCGUGCGCUCGAUCUUAUCACUAUCGUCGUGCCGCCAGCGCUGCCCGCGACGCUCACCAUUGGGACCAACUUCGCGCUUAGUCGACUGAAGAAGAAACAAAUCUUUUGUAUCAGUCCACAACGGGUCAACGUAGGUGGUAAGAUUGACAUCAUGUGCUUUGAUAAGACCGGCACCCUGACAGAGGACGGAUUGGACAUACUCGGUGUUCGGGUUGCAUCUCCGGUGACAGGCAGAUUCACGGAUGUGCUUACCGAUCCGUCGUCUUUCGUACAGGCGCAGGCUGGCGUUCCAGCCCAGAUGGCAAAAUUGAGGGCAGCCUUGUACACCAUGGCAACUUGCCACUCGUUGAGGUCUGUGGACGAUGAGCUGAUGGGCGAUCCGCUUGACCUCAAAAUGUUUGAGUUUACAAGAUGGUCUUUCGAAGAAGGCAAACAGAGUCCCAACGAGGCAGACGACCAAGAUCAGGGCAGCCUUUCGCCGUCAGUCGCCCGACCUCCAGCUGAGCAUGAUGCUCUUUUGCGAGGCACUACUCAACAAGGAGACCAAUCGCAAUCGCUCGAAUUGGGAGUACUGAGGUCCUUCGAAUUCGUUUCGCAGCUCCGCAGAGCAAGCGUCAUAGUUCGACAAUUUGGACAGCAAAGCGGGGACAUAUAUGUCAAAGGUGCUCCUGAAUGCAUGCGAGAAAUAUGUCGCGAAGACAGCUUCCCAGUCGACUAUGAUGAUCAGCUUGCCUAUUAUACACACAAGGGUUAUCGCGUCAUUGGCUGCGCAGCUCGCCAUGUUCCAAAACUUAGCUGGGUCAAAGCCCAGAAAAUGAAGCGACACGAGGCCGAGUCGCAACUGGAGUUCACUGGGUUCAUCAUCUUCGAGAACAAGCUCAAGCCGACCACGGCACCUGUCCUGACUGAGCUGCUGGAAUCGAACAUCAGUACGACAAUGGUAACAGGCGACAACAUCUUGACUGCCAUCAGUGUUGCUCGUGAAUGCAACUUGAUCAACAAGACCGCGCACUGCUUUGUUCCGAGAUUCAUAGAAGGCAACGCCGGUGAUCCAAAGGCUCGGUUACAGUGGGAAAGCAUUGAUAAUGGAGGUUUCCAGCUGAACGAACAGACUCUUCUUGCAAGUUCAUUCCAAUUUGAAAGACGUUGUUGCAAAGCUAAUUUUGUUGCACAGCCGCUACCACCUCCGGCUGACGUUGACGCAUCAUUGGCAUACAACAUCAAUGACAUCCGCAAUUACUCUCUAGCAGUCAGCGGCGAGGUUUUUCGCUGGAUUGUGGACUUCGCGCCUCCAUUGGUGUUGCAGAGAAUGCUGGUCCGUGGUCGAGUGUUCGCGCGUAUGUCUCCAGAUGAAAAACACGAGCUAGUCGAGAAAUUGCAAGCGAUCGGGUACUGCUGUGGCUUCUGUGGUGACGGUGCGAAUGAUUGCGGCGCUCUCAAGGCUGCAGAUGUUGGCAUCUCCCUCUCAGAGGCGGAAGCCUCCGUUGCAGCUCCGUUCACGUCACGCGUCUUUGACAUCGGUUGCGUUCCUCAGGUUAUCCGCGAGGGUCGUGCCGCACUUGUGACGAGCUUCAGUUGCUUCAAGUAUAUGAGUUUGUACUCGGCCAUCCAGUUCACGUCGGUGAGCUUUCUCUAUGCUACAGCUUCUAAUCUCGGCGACUUUCAAUUCCUAUUCAUUGAUCUACUAUUGAUUCUUCCUAUUGCCAUUUUCAUGAGCUGGGCUGGGCCAUACCCUGUCCUGUCACGAAAGCGACCGACUGCAGACCUCGUCUCGCGCAAGGUGCUCGUACCAUUGCUGGGCCAGAUGGUCAUUUGUAUACUAGUGCAAACUGCUGUAUAUGUCGCCGUGAGAAAGCAGUCAUGGUACGUACCUCCACGUGUCAACCAUGACAAGUCGAAUAUCAAGAACUCGGAAAAUACGGUCCUAUUCUUGGUGUCCUGUUUUGAGUACAUCUUGGCGGGUGUGGUACUCAACGCGGGUCCUCCUUUCAGGGAAAAGGCGCUGAAGAAUUGGCCGUUCAUGGCAACCAUCGUGGCAACCAUUUCUAUUACGUUAUGGAUGAUUAUUGGCCCAGGGCAUUCAGUAAGGCACCUGAUGCAACUUACUAAGACGAGCUGGGACUUUGAACUCUUUAUGAUUUUACUCGGGGGCGUUUACUUGGUCACGGCAUGGGCAUCGGAAAAGUACCUCUUCCAAAAGCUGGCUCGGGCUAUGGGACAUUUCAAAGAAAACUCCCUGAAGAAGCCGAAGCAAAGAAAGGAGUAUAAAAUGAUUCUGGAGCACAUGGAGUUGUAG